UGACGAGGCAAAAGCUGUUGUCAAGAAACACAAAGCUAAACCUGAAGAAGUUGAAGUGCAGAUUAAUCAAUACCGAAGUGACAAUUUACCCGAAGAUAAAAGAUUCAAUGGGAAAAAGGCUCUCUCUGAAGCCUCAGUGAUUGUGAGGGAACACACCCCAUUGACCAAUCUAUUCAUGUGCCUCUGGUUCAAUGAAGUUGUCCGCUUCACUUCGCGUGAUCAGUUAAGUUUCCCAUACGUUCUUUGGCGAUUGAAAGUUCUCAAGAACAUCAACAUGUUCCCUGUGUGUACACGUAAAGAUCUCGUCAAUAGCAUAGGUCAUGUGCGCAAGGCUAAACCGUUAAGUUAGUCUAUGAGUGUAAUGUACCUUAACUUUCCAAUUCAUUUGUUAAUUUAGUAUCCUUUUUUUGUAUUUAGCGUAUUGACAUGAAAACCAAACUGACACAUUGUUAACCGAAAUGGAACGAAACAGCUUUGAUUAUAAUCGAGUGUUUACAAUAUUUUUAUACAGAACAACCCAACUGAGAAUAAAAGACAGCAAGCUUGAGGAUAAAAAGAAAGCAGUGGUUUAGUUAUGUUGUGGAAGUAGUAGUUAUACCAAAAUCACGUGUCUAACUUUAUAACCAAAGAGGUUUGUUAGAAAGAACAGUUAGAAACUCCUCUGGUCUCUCCUCUUCUUCUCCGAUCAUGCUAACUAGAGUCAUCUUCCUCACCGCAGUCGCCACUUCUAUUCUCGUCGUCCUUCUACUCGCUUUACUCUCACCUGUUCCUGAUUACGACCCGCCGGGAUCACUCUUCUCCUUCUCCCUCUACGUUCAGCAAACACACAUACCAUCCUCCACCUAUUCCUCUCGUCGGUUCAGUCAACGCAUAGCCCGUCCCCGCGGACGAGGAGGAGGAGGAGGAGCAUUGAUUUUCCGACGUACACUCACGGAAGGACCAGAAAACAAUUCUCGGAUAGUAGGCAAAGCCGAGGGAUUCAUAAUCCCGCAUGAAGACUUUGCUAACUCGGAUUUUAACGUGAUAUAUUUGACGUUGGAGACGCCCGAGUACACGGGGAGUGUUAGCAUUAGGAGCAGAGAAAUGACACAUAAAUUGGAAGAGGUUAUGGAGGUAGUAGGAGGGACAGGAGCUUUUGCGUUUGCUCGCGGAAUCGCCAUGUUUGCUGAGGUUGAUGAUCAUGAGGAAGAAGCUGUAACCACUUAUCGUGUUAAGCUUCUGCUUAGAUUUCCACAUACUUCUCACCUCGAUCCACAAUGAUGGACAAUUUUCUAUUACAAUAUCUGUGUAUAAAUAAAGUUAUUUUACAGAUUCACUACAUAUGUUCAAAGAACUCUAAUUAGCAAUAAUCAUUUUUGGUUUCUUUUUGCGAAUAAUUGCGAAUAACUUCAGCUAGCAAAUCGUAUUCAACGACUAAAUAUUAUGGCCAUUCAAGAAGAAGCAUCAAGGGUAUUAGUCUUGCCAACUAUGCAUAGUCUCAUCAAUGACAUCACCAUAAGGAGUUGUUCAAUGUUUGAGGUAAAGAUAAAGAGAUCAUCACGUAAGAAUAACGAGCCCAAGCUUUCCCAACCUGUCAAGUGUAUGUAUAAGUAGCUGUCACGGUCUUCAGGAUUUGACAUGGUCAGUUAUUGUUCGCUCAUAAUCUUAUUGUACUUGAGUUCGAAGUUUACAUAAACUAAAAGAAAUAGUUAA